AUGAAGAAGAUUGAAAUACCGAGUAUUUCAUACGGCCUAUCCGGAGCUAGAACCGACUUGGUUAUCAGGAUCAGACCGAGAAUUCCUCAAAUGGAUGGGGGGACAAGCAUUGUGAGUAGUUGGAUAAGCCAGUGUGAACGAGAGCAUACUCGAUGUCGGGUGGAAUGGUCGGAUCAACCCCUUAUGCGCAAGAUGAUCGAUAUAUCAUCUCGUAAAAUAGUCAACUGUCCUCCACGCUGCCGUUACAUUACCUUGAGCUACGUUUGGGGUGGCAUCAUCGAAGACGCUACAACGGUCACCAAAGCUCUCGGGUUAAGGUAUCUCUGGGUGGAUGCGCUGUUUGACCAGACCCCCAGCCCGGAAAAGAUCCAACAGUUAAGUAUAAUAAUGGAUAUCAUUUACAGCUGUUAUUGGGUAACCAUUGUCGCCCUUGAUGGCAACGAUGCUGACGCGAGACUUUGCGGAGAGGAGAUGGGUGUGGUAACGUAUUUCACACGGGCUUGGACCCUACAAGCAUAUUUUCUGUGUAGUCGCCGUAUUGACUUCGGAAAGUAUCAGAUCCAUUUUACCUGUAGUACUGCAAAAUACACCGAGUCAGUAGACGAGACUAUUGAUCCAGAAGGCAUUCAUAUUCUUGAUACAAAGAAGCUCAACCCCUUUCGAUCCCGACGCGAGUCUGCAGGUUCUACUUUCCAAGGAUUAGUCGAAGAAUAUACAAGCCGCAGAAUGACGAACUAUUCAGACUCCUCAAAUGCAUUCAGAGGUAUUCUGUCUUCUCUGCAAAGAACUUUACUGGCACAAGGAUUCGUUUGGAAUUUACCCCUAAAAGAGUUCCCGCAAUCCAUGCGAUGGUACCAUUUUCAAACUGUUAAGCCCCGCCGUCGUCCGGAUUUCCCAUCGUGGUCAUACCUCGGAUGGGAAGGCAAAGCAGCUAAUAACGAUAGGUUGGAUUUCGCAAUUGAGCCUGAGAGAACACCCGGACGACAUGAAGAGACUACCAAUAUGAUCUUAGGCUACGUUAGAAUCGAGGGCACCAUUUUGACCGUCGAUGGUGUGCUUGUAAGACUGGAGGUACGGAACGAGCCGUUCAACAACGCCUGCAUUCCCGGGACAGAUUUUCUUCUUGGCAUCUUGCAAGAAGGUAACUUUCUUCAUAAAAAUACUUUGCCUCAAGGUGUUUUUGACUUUUUGGUGGUUGAGAAAUUGUCCUUUCGAUACGCACCCGAUAGCAAUGUUCGUCACGUCGUGUAUAUGAUAAUGCUAGGUAGAAGGAAGUGCAGGGUCCUACAGCCGGCGUGCGAUGGUACGCUUGUUUGUUGA